AUGGUUAUCCCAAAUCAAAUUGUAUCACCAAAUAAAAUAAAUAUAUUAUCAGAUUAUCCAAAUAUAAAUAAUAAUAUAAGGAAUCAUCACCGUCGUCGUCAUCGUAAUAAUUUAAAUAUAAAUAUAAAUAAUAAUAUAUAUAUAAAUAAUAAUAAUAAUUUAAAUAAUACUAUAAAUAAUAACGAUCUUUUAAACAAUAAUGAUAAUAAUAAAUUAUUUUUAAAAAUUAAAAAGUUCUUUUCAAAUAGCCAAUGCACACCAAAAAUUGUAAUCUAUGAAUUUGUUCCAUAUCAAUAA